GGGACUUGUAGUUCGGGCCUGACGGAGGACGCGGGUCGGUGUGGGGAUCCUGGCGUCUCUCCCCGAGGCCUCCACGUGGGAGGACUCUGCCCUUCCCGGAGGAUGUGGCCGCAGUCCAGGAAAGUUGAGUGAAAAUUCUAUGGAGAUUCUUGAAGAAAAAGAACAUAAGUACUCCGUACAUGAGCUUUCCUGCUGCCUAAUUUUGGAAGAAACUACAACCACUCAGUACCCGGAUGUCAGGAUUACAUAGUGAAUCUUCAAGGGGGAACAGAACAGGGAUCCUGAACUAGAUUCAAAGGUGAAGAACAGCCUGAUGCCAGUGGCUCUACCUAUAAUUGUUGCAACUCAGGAGACUAUGAUCUAAAAAUCAGUUUGAAGCCAGCCCGAACAAGAAAGUCUGAAACUCUUAUUUGCAAUUCACCAACAAAAGCCGAAAAUGGACCUGUGGUUUAAGUGGUAGAGCACUUGAGGGGGGAAAGAAAUAAAAAAGCUCAGGGACAGCAUCUAGACCCUAAGAAGCCCCAGGACUGGUACACACACACACACACACACACACACACACACACACACACACACAAGUGGAGAAAAAACAUUCUACCAUAUUUCCACGAACACAAAGAGUGUGGUAAUUCUUCAAAGUGAUUUUGCAAAUAUAAAAACAAAUAAAAACAAAAAAAAUUGUCUUUGAAAAGUCUAAAGCCAAAUGGCCAUACGAGACUCCUCUGUGGAGUUCUGUAAGAAGGAGUCUCAGGAGAGCAAAGGUCUCUUUGUAAAUGAAGAGAGCACCGAGAGCAAAGUGUUAGUAAGCAGAGAAAGUCCUCACGAGGCCCAUCCUUCAGACAACCCUCAACUCCACCUUGCAUCUGCUGUAACAGAGGUGGGGCUGCCAUUGCUCAGUGGUCAGGCACCUUGCCAGAAUGGACAAUUGAAAGGAUCUCCUGCUAGUUUCGACUGUCACUGUAAAGAUGUUUGUGAGCCACAGCCCCUGUUGGUCAGUUGCAGUCAUCAAAGCACUCACACAGAGGGGACGUCCUGCGGCCAUGAGCACUAUGAGGACAGACUUCAUCCCCAUGAGACUGUGCAAGCUGCAGAGAAACUUUGCAAAUGUGAUCAGGAUGGGAAACCCUGCAAUCAGAAUGCAGAGCCACGUCACCACCAAGGGGACCUCAAAGAAAAACCCUACAGAUGUGAGCAGUGCGGGAAAAGCUUCACACGGAGCUCUAGCCUGCUCAUCCACCAUGCCGUCCACACGGACGAGAAACCUUACAAGUGUGACAAGUGCGGGAAAGGCUUCACGCGGAGCUCCAGCCUGCUCAUCCACCACGCUGUCCACACUGGAGAGAAACCUCACAAAUGUGACAAGUGCGGGAAAGGCUUCAGCCAGAGCUCCAAACUGCAUAUCCACCAGCGAGUGCACACGGGGGAGAAGCCCUACGAGUGUGGCGAGUGUGGCAUGAGUUUCAGUCAGCGCUCAAACCUGCACAUACACCAGCGAGUGCACACAGGGGAGAGGCCCUACAAGUGCAGGGAGUGUGGGAAAGGCUUCAGCCAGAGUUCGAACCUGCACAUUCACCGGUGCAUCCACACGGGAGAGAAACCCUACCAGUGCUACGAGUGUGGGAAGGGCUUCAGCCAGAGCUCAGACCUUCGCAUUCACCUCCGUGUCCACACCGGAGAGAAGCCCUACCACUGUGGCAGGUGUGGGAAAGGCUUUAGUCAGAGCUCCAAGCUCCUCAUCCACCAGCGGGUACACACUGGGGAGAAGCCUUACGAGUGCGGCCAGUGUGGGAAGGGCUUCAGCCAGAGCUCCAACCUCCACAUCCACCAGCGGGUACACAGCAAGGACCCUCGCUGAGAGACAUGGGUCUGCUCAGUCCUUCAAAAUACUUGUGUUGUGAAGAUGCAAUAUUUUGAAGCUGAGUACCAGUGGUUCAUGCCUAUAAUCAUUGCUACUUAGGAGGCUGAAAUCUGAAGAUUGCAGUUCAGAAACAGCCUGAGCAGGAAAGUCUGUGAGAACUCUUACCUUAAUUAAACUAUCGUAAAAGCUGGAAAUAAAUUAAAUGUUCAAGUGGUAGAGCACUAGCCCUCAGCAAAAAAAAAAAACUCAAGGACAGCACCCAGGCCCUGAGUUCGA